GAUAUUUCUGCGCAUGAGUUACAAUCAACUCAUAUUUACUCCCGGCCCUGAUGAUUAGGUGAAAUUAUAAACAAUCACAAAAACGCUCGGGAAGCUAACGUCAGCAUACAAGCCGCGAACGCGAGUAUUGCUGUGCAGUCUUUUGUUAAAAAAAGAACAUCGCUAUGUUGGUGGUGAGAAUCCAUAGGUGAUGUGAUUGAACAUGUGAAAAUCGGCGCGGAACAUUUUUGUGCGAUGAUGGUUUCAAAUUCGACACGUGACAACAACCAGUUGAAGUAUCUGGCCGAAUUAGAGGAGGUACUAAAAACCUUAGAGCUAAGCAAGAAUGAAGAAGUGUAUACAUCCUAUCUCACCCCGUUCCCGGUUCCUGAAAACACAGAGCCUGACUCGGACAUUGAGGUCAGGCAACAGAGCAGUAUCAGGAAGUACCGUGUCUCCAAAACCACCGAUUUCGAUCUCAGAGGGAAAGUUACAACAUGUGAAGAUUUCGAUAUCAGAGGCUGUUCGAAGAUGCAACUACCAAAUAAGACUUUCGUUAAGUUAAAGAAGUACGAAAUAAUCAAAUAUCAACACGAGAACAUUUACAAGUUUGAUGAAAACAAUCUAACAGGGGAAAUCCUCUACGCCAAUGUGAUACUAAAAUCGGCAAGACUGUUCAGCAAACGUGAAAUCGAACUGAGGGAUGUGAAUAACAGGAUAUUCGUGCUAUAUUUCGACUCGUCCAAAGAUGCCAGGGCAUUCAUAGAGAAUGACAAAAUGAGCCAGUAUAUAGGUAGUGAUAACAAAUCAACGAUUACCAAAGCAUUAUUGAGACUGUUAGGCAAACGUGCCAGUAGAGAGAUGCUAGAGAAAAAAGGAAUAUACCAAAACGAACCAAUAUUUGGCAAUACGCUUAGCAAUCUUUUUGCUGUAGAAUAUUACGUACCUAGAUUCAUUUUGAAAACCAUGGGUCUGAUAGAGUUGCCAGAAAACAUUUGCAGCGUAGGAAUAUACAGAACAUCAGGGAACUUGGCAACAAUACAAAAAAUAAGAUUCGAAGUGGAUAAAGGACGGUUAGAUAUUUUGGAUAAUUAUGUCAGGGAUCCAGAUGUUUUGACUGGUUGUUUGAAGUUAUUCUUCAGGGAAUUGAGAGAACCUCUAAUACCCUGUAGGACGUGCGAAAGCUUACUGAACAUUAUGGGUAAGUGACAAAGAUUGGAAAUAAGAAAGCACAAAGUUCUACCUAUUACCAGAAACGACUAAUGCGAGAGUAAAACAACAAGCUGUCUAUUGGAACCAACUUGUAAUUCGAAGAGAUAAGGAGCCAAAGUCUAUAUGUUUACAUUGCAUUGUUUAUCGCCAAAUUUUCGUAGUUUUAGUGCAUACCUUUGACCCAUUUCUUUACCAGUGCCUGACAAAGUGACAGUUUUGAAUCAACAUAGAAUAUACUAAUACAAAUUAUGUAAGAAGUACAUUCUCUUGAAAUCAUCUAACACCGUGCAAGAAAGUGUUUUAGCAUUUUUUAUGAAGUCCUCAGGACGACCAGUACAGACCGUUUACUCUGCCGCUACUACCAAACAAUGUUUUGCAUUCUUUUGGUCAUGAUUAUCUCGUUCGUGGGUUUUGUAAUUAAUAAUUUAACGUAUUGCGAGAGUAAUCAAACAGAUAUUUUAGGCACGUAUAUCUGAACAUUAUUAUAUUACUUUCAUUCAAACAAAACUUGUUACUUAUUUCUUAGCGCGAGGCCUUCCUCAGCGCGAGGCCUGGAGCGGCCGCUCCACUUGCUCCACCCUAAGGACGGCCCUGGCCGGGUCAAAAAGCACAAAGCAGCUACCCACGGAGUUGGGCGUGUGUGGUCGAAUCGACCAACGCUAUGUUACUAGUUUGACAAAGCUUAGUUUGGAAAUGAAAAAAAUAGAGCCAAAAAUAGUACUCUCAAUCCAACUACUGAUUUUAAAGAUAGCAAGUCAAUCUGAAUGUUAUGUGCUACUGAAAAUUGUAUAGAUAAUAGAAAAUGCAUUUUUUGAAUGGGACAUAUCUUUUUACUUUUUCAGGUGGAG